UUGCCUAUAAAUGGAGGAGAGUUUCUGCUUCCGAAGUCUAUCCAAAGUUGGCUAUUUCUACAAUAAUAUAUCUAUUUAUCACAGCAAAAGUUUUCCAAUGAAGUUGCAAGCCCUCGCAAUUUUCUUGCUUGUUUUUGUGGCAAGUACUCAUGCAUCAAUAUCUCCGGAGGUUUAUUGGAAAGUAAAAUUGCCCAACACUCAAAUCCCCAAAGUCAUCAAAGAUUUUCUUCCUCAAUCAGACAACGUUGUUCCUGAGCUAAAACAAGAUAACACUAAGGAGAAAGUGUACUAUGGUUUAAGUGGAUAUAUAGCCAUUAGUUGGCAUCAUGCUGUUAAUUCGGAGUAUGAACGCAUCGCGCUAAAAAAGAUGAAAAUCCCUAGCGCGAAUCGCGCUGCUAACAAGAAUGUGAUCAAACAAGUAACUGAAGGAAGUAGUUUCGAGACUGAUCAUAACGUAGAUGAUGGUCCUUUGAAACAAUACUUUUUAUUAGAGAAGGACUUGGAGAAAGGGAAAGUGAUAAACUUUCCCUCUCUCCUAAAUAAAAACGAAGCACCCUUUUUGCCUAGGCAAUUUGUUGAAUCGAUUCCCUUCUCGAUGGAGAAAUUCUCAGAGAUCCUCAAUCAUUUCUCGAUAGAUAGUAAAUCAAAGGAUGCUCAAACAAUAAAGAAAACAAUCGAACUUUGUGAAGAACCAGAAGUGAAACAUAAAGAGAAGAAAACUUGUGCAACUUCUUUAGAGUCUAUGGUAGAUUUUGGGUUAUCUGUGUUUGGGACAAAUAAUAUCCUCGCCAUUACUUCUAAGGUAAAAGGGGAAACUCAAAAUUCGCAACAAUACACAAUUGAACAAGUUCAACAAAUAGCUGAUGGGGAUAACAUGGUAUGCCACAAACUUAACUACGCGUAUGCACUACAUUAUUGUCAUUUUGGAGGAAGUACAAAAACAUUUAUGGUAUCUAUGAUCGGUGUUGAUGGAACAAAAGUGAAAGCAGUAUCAGUAUGCCACAAAGAUACAUCUUUUUGGAACCCUAAGUCAUUACCUUUUAUCGUUCUUAAGGUUAAGCCUGGAACUACACCAAUUUGUCAUUUCCUUCAGGAUGACCAAAUCGUCUUUGUCCCAAUCUAAAUAGAUCACUGAGCUUGAUGGGUAAUCAAAUUAGGUCAUCCUGGGUUGUCUUCUAAGAGUAGUCGUUUACCUAUUCUAGUACCCCGUGCUUCAUCUGUAAUGCAUCUUUAUCUUCAGAAUAAAUGAAAAUGAUAAGGACUUUCAUGGUUUUAAAA